UUGCCGCCCGACGACCGACUUGCGCAUGCUCGUGUCGUUGCUGACGACGCAGCUCCAAGACCGGCAAGCGCGCUGGGAUGCUGUCAACUGCGUCGCGGCCAAGUUUGGUGCGUGCAAGCAAGAGAUGCGCCAGUUUGCAGCCAACUUGUGUCGCGGCCAGAUAGCCGCCAGUCUCUUGAUCUCGACGCUUGAUGAGUGGUUGGUGAUGAGUCUCGGGGCUGCGUUUGGAGAAGAAGUUGUCGGCGUUGUUGCUGCGGCACUCAAGCACGCGUACUGGGUCCAGAGCGCCGAAGCGAUGCAAGCCGCGCCCGACCAUUCGCUGCUGAUGUUGUUGCGUCAGCACGAGGUGCCCGAAGUGCUGCGCAUGCUGAAGGAGCCAACAGAGCAUGGGACGAGCGUGACGACGCAGCUCAUCCACGCGCAAGUUCACAAGUGCUAUCUCACCGUCGCUGCCAAGCUCGCCGACGCCGUCAAGGAAGGUAUUCUGGCCGCUGCCACCUCGGCGGAAAAUGCUGUCGAGUCGCGUAGUACAGCUAUUCUUCACGUGUUGCGCCUCGCGCUGCAACGCCGCCUCAAGUGCAGCGGCACCAGCGUCCUUGUGACAAGUCUUCCAUCCGGGAAGGGAAGCGUCUUUGACUGUGGCGACCAUGGUCCAAGCCUCUUUUCAGUCCACAAUGAUGGGUCCCUCUUGCUCAACGUACCUCGGGGCCUUCUUGCGCGUCUUGACGAGCUGAGUUCAACCCUUAGUCCCUCGGUGGCCUGGAGCUCGACGAUGGCGACGCGGACCCUCGACGUCAUCCGCAACGAGGCGUAUGGUGCGGUCGAUGGCAUUGUGCCGCGCUGUGGCUAG